AUGACGGGGGCCAUAUAUCGGUCUGUCCCUAUCCCCAGGUCGCGUGAUCCGUCACCAGGGAGUCCAUAUAUCGAUCAACGUCAAUCCUCAGGUCACGUGACUCAUUGUCGGAGGGUGCGCAUAUAUCGACCAAUGUCUAUUCCCAGGGAAUCCAUUUGUCGACCAAUGCCUAUACCCGGGUCAAGUGAUGCACUAUCGGCGAGUCCAUGUAUCCAUCAGUGCCUAGACCCAGCAACACGCGACGUCAUCAUGGCACCCAUGCAUUGCUCAAUGUACCUCCCCAGGUCACGUGAUUCGUUGUCAAGGCAUGCAUAUAUUGAUCUGAGUCUACCCUCAGCGUUACGUGGCAUAUCGUCAGAGGAUCCGCGUAUCGAUCAAUGUCUAUCCUCAGGGAUUCCACGUGUCGAGCAAUACCUACCCCCAAGUCACGUGAUCCAUCAUCAGGAGAUGUAA